ACUCUCCAGGAGAGUGAGUGCAUCUACUUUUGCGUCAUGUCGCCACCACGAAAGAGUGCCCGCGUAGCGCGGAGGCGAGAGGAUCUGGGUCCCCCGCAACCGACCGACGGCGGUAACGGGUUAACACCUGAAGGUGACAUAACAUCACCACCUCGCAAGGUUCCCAACAAACCCAAACUGACCAUGAAGACACUCCAGCAACAGCUGCAAGAUUUACAACAGAUCACAGCGCAGCUGGUGAACAAACUGGACUCCAGCACGCCAGGCCAUGGCCCAACGGGCGUGUUAUCCCCGGAUGAUCAAAACCCAGCUCACAGCAGAGCUGAGCCUGAGACAAGCAGCCAGAAUAACACCCUGCAAACUUUGCAAAACAACUAUGUCACUACCCACAGCUCGACACCCAGCAGUUCAACCGGAGUGUCAGUGUCUGACUGUAUAUAUGCAACAAGCGUGUUACCUGCUAGCAGUCAAGCAGGGUCAACACGGCCGAUAGGACACAAUCUCCCAUUGAGCACAACAACUCCUUUAUCCCUGGCUACAGGGAUUAUACCGGUGUACACCACAAGCAGUUCAUGGGGCCUGCAACCGCCAUAUCUCCCUCCAGCUACUGGUAAUCCGACUGGCCAAGUGCAAGGCCUUGGCUCAACAUUAGCCUCUAACAUCAUAGGUACACCUUCAGUUACCCAUACUGUUUCCACUGCCACAUGUGUAGAGCCAGCGUCAGCACUUGGAAAUCCUGUCUCAGCGCGAAACCUUGAUAAUGAGCUCUUCCAAGCAGGAGUACACCUCCCGCUUGACACGGGCAUUUCCGAAGUAAUGAAGGAAAAAAUGGCAAGACAAAUUUGUUGAUUUUAAGCAACUACUGCCUAAUACCCGCACAAAAGCCCAGUACACAGUCAACUUAGAACCAUCAGCAGGAUUACCAACGCUGACGUUGGCCAAUGCUUCAGAGGAUACUAGUAACAAACGGGCCCUCACUUUUGCCCAAUGGUCGACGGCUUUUUCCAUUUACCAAUUUAUUUACAUUCAGAAGCAUAUCACGCGUAGUUCCCAGUUAAUCUCAUAUGGGUACCUGAUCCGGUCUA